AUGGGUCCCUCUCAUGAAGCGAAUGCUGGGGUCACUCCGCGGACUACAGUGGCAACAGCGUUGCGGAAGGAUGACGAGAAUGGUUUGAAGGACUGUGGCAGCUUGAUCAACCUGACUAUGCAGCCUUUCUGUUCUGACGCCAUGCAAAAGCCAGGCUUGAAAGCAAAGGACUUCUUCGUUCCGGCUCAGAUUCAGCAUCUUUCCCAGUUUCCCAUGGAGGAUGAGGUUCUGUACCCGCCAUACACGAAAUUUCGCGUGGUGAACCGUGUGCAGAAUGCUUCUGGGAUCCAUGUAGUGCUGGAGACACGGGAGUUUCCCAACCUCGAGGGCUUGGUUCAGAAAGGCUUGUGGAACGAGGUCGCCACGGGCAUUAUCGCAUUCAAUGCUGGAACAACAUGGCAACAGUACUUCGCACGACAAGCCACCAGACUUGAGACCUGGUAUUUGAGUGGUCAGACAGGUCAAGUUCAGUUCACAGUGAUCAACAACAUUGGAAAGGAGGCCUUGGCCGUGCAGCGGGGGAGUUGGCACGCCAAGCACAGGAGGCGCAGCGUUGGAGCCCCAAGGCAGCUUUGGCAGAAGCCCCAUCAUUGGACCCACAAUUGGGCGCAUCAUGCGACGCACCAUGCCUUUUCGACCACUCACAAGUACGAAGAGCUGCUUCGAAACAUCUCGCGCAUCGUACGAAAGAGCACUGUUGUUGCUCAAGAAGAACCCAUCAGCACCACAAAUGUGACACAAGACGGAAAUCAAUUCAUCACCAACACCGAUGUGAACUAUACCACUGUGAAUUUGUCAUGGAUAUGGGCCCUGCUGGCCGUCCUCGCCGUGGUGCUGUUGGUUGUGGCGGCGAUCAAACUAGGAUGGAUUGGACCUCCUUCCUUGAAAGAGAACGAUUUGGCAGCUCUGAAGACCUUCUCAGACGUCUACCGCAUAGCUCAGCUGGAGCUUGAGGAGGAUGUGCUGGGCCACAAAACGGAAACCUUUUACUACAUCGGGGAACGGCAAGUUGCGGUGACACCGGCAUUGGAGUGGAACGACCAGUAUCCAAGUGCACUACGCGGCUUCCUCAUUCAGAUAGCAAAGAAAAUCGAUGACGGGCUGUUCCACUUCCAGUGUCGCGUGUGGAUGGAGCACGGCGCCUUCACGGAGCAUUUGCCGGUGAUCCUGGUGGCGCAGGAGUGGCGUCGCUGGGCCAUGGAGGUUCUGCAGCACAACUUGUCGCCCAAGACGGAGGUGAAGGUUGAAUUGACGAGACGUUUGGAUUGGAUCGAGACAAUCCGCGAUCUCAGCUUGAACGGUGUGGCGAACCUGCGCAAUACGCCGUACUGGGAUGACAGCGAUGAACUUUCGCUGCUGGUUGUGUUGCGAACUGACAUUGCCAGGGAAUUGAGAAGCUACGUGGACCAUUGGGAUGUCUUGGAAUUGCAACAGGGCUUUGCUGGCACUGCAGGAGAAGUGACUGCCUUCAUCACCUCUGAGUUGCGAAAUUCCAUUCGCUUCUUAGAGAGAAUCUACUGUCACGAUGAACUGAGACUUCAUCAGAUGACCAGCAAGUCGAAGAGUUGGUUCACACCGAUUGAACGUGAGCUGCUGGAUCUACAAGACUCGGCGCAGAUCUGGAACGAGACCUUUCCACGGUGCUUCCGAGACAAGUUUGAUAAUCAGGAGCAGUUUGAACAGUGGUUCAACAGCCGCACAAGGGGACGUCCUACGAGCUACCAGAACGUCGUUGCGAAGACUCCUGUGCUGAACGAUUUCGAAAGGACCAGGGUGCAGAAAUACCUGCCCAGCUACCAGCACUGGAGGUAUGGCUUGUCCACCCAGCAGGAGCUGGUUCGAAUGAUGGAAAGUUCCGUGGUUCUGAUCGACCAGCUCUAUGUCCUCUUGGACGCCGCCUUGCUGAUGAUGAGCCUCCAGAAUUUCGCAAGUUUGGGCGGUUCCAACUUCUUUUUGGCAGGUAUCGUGAGUGUUGAGCAUGCGAGAGGUGUCAUGGAUUUCAUUGACAAUGUCGUGAGAGAAGUGAAGCUUCACGUCUGCAGGAUGGGAGAUAUCGCGCAGGGUGGCUGGUCGAAUUUGCGAAGAGGUCGCAAGAACAGCUGGUUUUCAUCUUCAGGUCCUUUGGACAAUAUGCGCUUGGCCAUGAACAACGAGGAGAAUGUGGAUAAGAUCGCGGCGAAUGCCAGCGGUAUGAUGCGCUACCUGAAGGCUCACAUCACUAGCUGCCGAGUGGUGGACGGCAAACAAGAAGAGGAAGCACUGUCCAAGGAGAUCGAGUAUUUCAAAAGGUUCUGGGAAGCCCUCAGCAAGAAGCACCAAAUCGACGAGGGCGGAGAUGGACGUCGAAGUCGCAAAAUUAGCGCUUUGCAACAGCUGCAGGCUUUACGUUUGGUGCUGCGUGGCUCAGAGGGGAGCGAGCCAGAGACAUGGCUGGCAGAGCGGCUUGAUGAGCGUGGCCUCAGCCAAGAUGAGGUGGCCUUGGACCUUGGGGCCUUGCCGGAAACCAGGGCAGUUGAGGAGAUCGGCUUCUCAACCAGCAAGCCAGGAGCCACCAAGUCGGCGUCCAGCAGGUGUCGCUUGGCGCCAUCGAUGGCCCAGACCUUGCACCGACUCUUGGAGCCACUGCCAGGACCAGCCCUGUGUGCAGCCGAACCCAGUGGCGCAACUGAGAAGUUUUGGCGCUGGGCGAAGGUCUCAGGUGCGAUGGAGCGCAUAAAUCAGCAGUACCUCGCAGGUCGCUUUGUGUUGACAGCACUACAUUUGGCAGUGACGGCGAGUGUCCUUCACGGCCGCAGCGACCACGUGUUGUUUGCACUGUCGCCCUUGUGCCUUCGACAAGCUUUGCAGAUGCCCAAGGCUUGCCGACAGGGCAACUGCGCCAUACGAGAUGAGCUUUCAGAGUCAUGCCGCCAAAGCUGGCAGGUCAACGAGGCGGUCUUCCAAGGGGAAUUGACGGCCGCGCUGGUCUUCUUAUCCUUGGAACUGGUCUCAAUGCUCACAGCUGUGCAUAGCUUUCAAGCAGAGGACAUGAACUUUGUGGGUGCUGUGCUGCAUGCGGGAGGUGCAUGUGCACUGAUCCUCUUCCUGGUGAUGCAGACUUCUUGUGCCUACUUCCAUGUGGUGUUUGCGCUGAGCAAUGUGCUGCCUUUUCUCAGCGAAGUCAACAUUUGGCUCUCGGUGCUGAGGGGUGCACGGUUGAAGCGCUUUCCACCACCUGCUGGAGCCGUUGCCGUGGACCGGCUCCAGGGCACCACACAGCUCCGCUUGGCGGCAAAGUACCCGAAGUGGGCCUUCCAUGCAACUGCGCUCGCAAGGCCUUUGCGAACCUUGGAGACUCCGCUGCUACAGGCGCUCUUAGCACCCAAGUCCUCGAAGUCUCUAGGCUGCGGCUACUUGACCUUAGACGAGCGCCGCUGCGUGCUGUGUUUGAUGCAGAACGAAGCCUUGGCACAAGAGGUGCCAUUGGUAGGAGUUUGGGUGGAUCUUCGGGACCAGGAGGUCUCCAAUCUACCUACCUUAGCGGCGCAUCCCGCGGUUUGGGCAGCUGCAGCUCACUUUGUGCACCAAAGGAGUGCGAAAGAAAAGGUGUGGGUCGAGGCCAGCACCUUCCUCAUCAUGGCCGCUGUCAGACAGAGGGCCAUGCCACCAGAAGCUGGCCUUCUGUUUGCUGAAUUCCGUUUUGAGGAAGAGCCCAGUGAGGGCUUGUACCUGGCCUCUAUGGACUAUGACCAGGCCUCGGUGGCAUCCAUGGGUGACAUGAAAUUGGAAACUUUCACCGCUGACUACAGCGAUUUGGUGAAAAUGGCGGAUCAAGCGCCACACGAAAAGGUCAACAUCAAGGCACACUCUUUGGGAGUGGCCGAAAUGGCAGCAAGUCCCAAGCAAAAGAGGAUGGAGGCUGGCGCCGGCGGAUUCAGGCCAGAAGAGCCCCGCGCCGAAGCGCCAAGACAAGUGGAGGAGGAGUGCAGCCAAUGUGGUGCAGGUUACGUCGCAGAGGCUCGAUUCUGCAGCCGAUGUGGGCAGCGCCGGCCCUCAACGCCGGUGCAAACGCCCAUGGUGGAGAUGACUCUGGCGAAACCGAUCCCUGCAGUGCCUGCGUGGGGUGUGCCAGGCGAGUCAUCACCACCAGCAGCCACACCCUCGUCACGAAGGUCAGACGGUCCGGACGACAUUCCGUUGCGUCAGAUUGUUGGUCAACAGCAACUUCAACUGGGUGUUCUUCAACAGCAGCUGCAGAGCGUUCAGGACCUUCUGGUGCUGCUUGUGGCACGAGAUUCCAGCCCUCCCGUGCCGCCACCACCACCGGUGGCACCUCUACCAGCGCCGGCGAUGCCGGCAGAGCUGGCUGCAGCACAUGAGGCGCCAGCGCCGCCGAUUCUGAAGGCAGACGCUUGCAUUGGCGAUUCGGAGGUUUCAGUGGCACAUGCUGCCACCAGCCCGAUUCAAAAGAGUCGGAUGGUUAGCACUGGACUUCAAGCCGCCCCAUUGCUUCAAGACGCUGCAGUGGGUGAUGCAGCUGCGGACGACAAAGUGGCAUCCAAAACGCUGGAACUUCCGAAGCUGCGAGACAGCGCCGACACCGCUGGAGGCCAGAGCCCACGACCGAUGGAAACGGCAAGCACUUGGGCAACCAUGGGUGUGCCGCGCAUUAUUUGCCCUGCAGAUCUGUCUCCUUGCCGGUCUGAGGACGACCUGUCGGAUGGAAGUUCCUUGGAACUGAUGGCGGGCGACUUUACAUUGACGUACCAUGGGGACCAAAUUGGCUUUUACUGA